ACCUCUUCCUUAAUUACUAGUCAACAAAACAUAUAUACAACAUAGUUCUCUUCCUAGUCUUUUCCUUAAAUUACAACAACUUUUCAAUACUCAAUCUACUUAAUCAUAUAGCAAUAAUAACAGCUAUGGAUAAUACUCCAAGAUUGAUUCAAACGGUUUCAAGCUUGGUUCUGAUUCUAAGCAUUUCAUCAUUGGCCUCGGCAUCUCUGAAAGUGGGUUUCUACAGCUCAACGUGUCCCUCUGCGGAGGCAAUAGUUAAAAGCACGGUAGAAAAAGCAAUAUCUGCCAACCCAGGCAUAGCUGCUGGUCUCAUCAGAAUGCAUUUCCAUGAUUGCUUUGUCAGGGGUUGCGAUGGUUCUGUGCUACUGGCAUCUACACCGGGUAAUCCAAUAUCUGAAAGAGACAAUUUCGUGAACAACCCAAGCUUGCGCGGCUUCGAGGUGAUUGAGGAUGCCAAGAACCAAAUAGAGGCUGCAUGCCCUGAAACGGUAUCAUGUGCAGACAUAUUGGCAUUCGCAGCACGAGACAGUGUUUCCAAAGUGGGUGGCAUAAGCUACGACGUUCCAUCGGGACGAAGAGAUGGGCGUGUCUCGAUCGGCGAUGAAGUGCUAGACAAUCUUCCUAGACCAUCCUUGAGCGCUGAUGAUCUUAUUAGUAACUUUGAGCGAAAGGGUUUGUCAGCAGAUGAAAUGGUGACACUCUCAGGAGCGCAUUCAAUCGGUGUGUCCCAUUGUGGUGCCUUCUCGAAUCGCUUAUACUCUUUCAGUGACACAGUCACACAAGAUCCCUCAUUGGACUCUUCAUAUGCUGAAACGUUGAAAACACAGUGUCCCCCACCACCACCCACCUCAGACCCAACAGUGUCUCUUGAACCAUCCACGCCAAUUCGUUUGGACAGUAAAUACUAUGAGGGAUUGAUCAACCACCGCGGCUUGUUGACUUCGGAUCAGACAUUGUACACGAGCCAAUCCACAAGGGGAAUGGUUCAAAGCAAUGCUAACAAUGGUGCCAGUUGGGCUGACAAGUUUGCCCUAGCAAUGCUUCGCAUGGGUUCUAUAGAAGUGCUUACUGGCUCCGAUGGUGAGAUCAGGAAGCAGUGCAGCUUUGUUAAUUAAUUUAAGGGAAAAUUGAAAUAGUUUGCGAUUGUUCUACUGUUUUGAAUUUGAUUCAUACCUUCCAUUCAUGAGGAUGGCCAAUUCAAGUGUAUAUCCCUCUAGGGUUGUUAUUUAUGUGCCUUGCCUCUUCCUUUUAAUACUUGUUUGUUUUCCUAAAUAAAUAAUUUCUUUCCCUUGCAUUUGAACUAUGUUUAGAUGGUUCCAUUCUUGGCUAAAUCUAAUAAAAUUUAACUAGUUCUUUUGUUGGCUCAA